AUGCUCGCCGCCGCGGGCUCCCUGGUGGCAGCCUUCUGGGCAACGUUUCAUCUCCGGACUCUGAUACUGGCUGUUGUCACUUUCCUGUUCUUGGCUGACUACCUCAAAAACCGGCGCCCCAAGAACUACCCGCCGGGGCCGAGGGGUCUGCCUUUCGUGGGCAGCAUAUUCCAGUUGGACUUUGAUAAGGCGCACCUCUCAAUACAGCCGUUUGUGAAGAAAUAUGGGAACAUUUUUAGCCUGAAUCUUGGUGACAUAACUUCAGUGGUCAUAACUGGACUGCCCUUAAUCAAAGAAGUCUUUACUCACAUGGAAGAAAACAUUUUGACCCGUCCUGUCACUCUUAUCCGGAAACGUAUCUCUAAUAACAAUGGAUUGGUCUUCUCCAGUGGCCAGACAUGGAAGGAACAAAGAAGAUUCGCCCUGAUGACACUGAGGAACUUUGGAUUAGGAAAGAAGAGUUUAGAGCAGCGCAUGCAGGAGGAAGCCCGAUACCUUGUAGAGGCCAUAAAAGUGGAGGGAGGACAGCCUUUUAACCCUCACUUCAGUAUCAAUAAUGCAGUUUCCAACAUCAUUUGCUCUGUCACCUUUGGAGAGCGCUUUGAGUAUCAUGACAGUCAGUUUCAGGAGAUGCUGAGGCUACUGGAUGAGGCUACAUGUUUGGAGGCGUCAUUAAUGUGCCAGCUCUACAAUAUUUUUCCAUGGGUAAUGAAAUAUCUUCCUGGCUCACACCAAACAGUUUUCAGAAACUGGGGAAAACUGAAAUUGUUUGUUUCUUCUGUGAUCGACAAUCACCGGAAAGACUGGAACCCUGAUGAGCCAAGAGACUUCAUUGAUGCUUUCCUCAAGGAAAUGGCAAAGUACCCAGAUAAGACUACUACAAGUUUCAAUGAAGAAAACCUCAUCUGCAGCACUCUAGACCUCUUCUUUGCUGGAACAGAGACAACAUCCACCACACUGCGCUGGGCUCUGCUCUACAUGGCCCUCUACCCAGAAGUCCAAGAGAAAGUGCAGGCUGAGAUUGAUAGAGUGAUUGGCCAGAAGAGGCAGCCGAGUCUGGCUGACCGAGAGUCCAUGCCCUACACCAAUGCUGUCGUCCAUGAAGUACAGAGGAUGGGUAACAUCAUCCCCUUGAAUGUUCCCAGGGAAGUGGCAAAGGACACCGAUUUGGAUGGAUUCCAUUUGACAAAGGGUACCAUGCUUUUAACCAACCUAACUGCACUGCAUACAGACCCCAAAGAGUGGGCCACCCCAGAAACCUUCAAUCCAGAGCACUUUUUGGAGAAUGGACAGUUUAAGAAGAGAGAAUCCUUUCUACCAUUCUCAAUGGGAAAGAGGGCUUGCCUGGGAGAACAAUUGGCCAGGUCUGAGCUGUUCAUCUUCUUCACUGCUCUUAUGCAAAAAUUCACCUUCAAGCCCCCAGCUAAUGAGAAGCUGAGCCUGAAGUUUAGAAUGGGCCUCACUCUUUCCCCAGUCAGCCACAACCUCUGUGCUGUCCCCAGACUGUGAUGCUGGAGAAGGAAAGAGAAAAGAGUGCAGGAAAAAAUGGUAUAUGCCCAAAGCUUCUGGGUCUUGCUCAUGUAAGCGGAGAACAAUGUCACAGAAUGAAGGAGAUUCAAGAAAUAUUGAAGAAAUUAAAUUUAAAAAAGAAGAUAGAA